GGCGCCUCAAUGAGCACCUCAGCUCAGUCAAUCCAGGCUAUCCAAGCUUCUGCCUUGAACUUGAAGCUGCACACGUCCCUCUUUAAAGCUAAAAAAAAACCACCUGGAGACAUAUUGAGAUGUCUGACAGGAUCGCUCGAAAGCACCACAACCAAACCAAUAGGGCGCAGCCGCGCAAUGGCGCAGACAGGAAAGUCGUGUAUAAAAGUGUACUGGAAAAUCCGUUUCGGGUUUCAUGGCCCACCGUCCCUGCAAAUGUGCAAAACAUGUUGCUUGCCAGAGUCAUCCAGCUUUUAGACGGCAUGUCGCACUUUCACCGCGAAAGGCAGUCCAAAAGCAGGGCUCAAAAAAAACUUAGUACCGGCCUGGCAGUCUCCGCGAAGUCAAGAAGACAACUCGACAUUGCGGAAAAUCAGACUAACGAAAUGGACACGAGUGAAGAUCUCGAUGCAACUCAUGUUCCCUCCGAUAUUCCAUCCGAUGAGUCUAACGUCAUCGCUCAUGGACAGGAAGCAGGGUCUCUUGCCAUAACGAGACCACCUCAAAUAAUUCAGCACCUAACCAUCGGCAUCAACGAAGUCACGAAAGGUCUGGAGCUUCGAGCGAAGUCUUCUUGCCAGACGUUGUCGGCGGAUAUUGUAAGCUGCUCUGAACGCCCUAAACAAAAUUUUGCGCAACUCGUACUUGUUUGCUGCGGGGAUGUCAAUCCGCCUAUCCUAAUAUCUCAUCUUCCACAAUUGGUUGCAAGUUGUAAUUCCACUCGUACCUCUCAACAACAGAACCCUCACAUAGGGUGUAUCUGGUUGGUUCCUCUACCGAGGGGAGCGGAGGAAUCGUUGGCCGAGGCCUUGGGUCUAAGACGGGUCUCUGUACUUUCUAUUCAUAGUACCGCGCCAAACUUUUCGGAUUUUCUCCCGCUCCUAAGCUCUGUCCCUAUCCUUAGUGCACCCUGGGUACAACCUAAAAUCAGCGAUAAGCCCUGCACCCUGACUCCGACGCAUAUCAAACAGCUACGAACUUCAGCGCCGAAAAAUAUGAGGGAGGCCAAGGAGAAACGAUCAGAAGCCAAAGCUGCUGCGAAAGCGAGGAAGAAAGCUCAACGUUCGGCAGGAACAUCUACCAAAUCUUUGCCAUUGAUACAUCGGGAUGUUAUCAUGGCGACUUGAACUAAGUAGGGAUGAAAUUGUGAUAUGCAGAGGAGUGAAAACGAUAGGUAUCGCAUAACAGCGCCAUGCUGUCCUGCACGUCCUUCGUAUUCAGUCGCCAUUAGAUCAUAUCCGACUGGUCCGUACUCGUUCACCAGGAUCUCGUAUGCGGGAGGAUAUUAGAUCGAGGUUACCUGGAAGGGGGUGUCGGUCCGACGACCUCGUACUUUGUCCUUUGCAUCUACCAUCUUUUCUUGCUGGUUCCUUCUCCGAUCUUGUAUCCAGCUCGGAAAUUUGAGGGUAUUGACUGGAAUGUAGAGUUUGUAUCAUCGCAACCCAUUGCUUACAAUCCUAUAUAACUGCCUUCUUGAGCGUCGAUCAACGCGCAUGAUAGAGUUGCCGAUUAUGUCUAU